GAGGAGGAGACACAGAAUGCUUCCUCCCGUCCCUUUUUAUUUUCAAUUUUGUUCUGAAUUAUUUCUCGAGAGCGAAAUCCCCCUCCUUUUUUUCCCCGCCACGAUGCUCUGUUGAUCGCAAUCGGCAGUCCUUCGAUGUCCCUUGUGGUUUUGCGGGCCUCCAUUACCGGGACUCUGGCGGAUGAGUUUCCUGCUUGACGGCCGGACUGUUGCUCUUGCCCCGGCCUCUUCCUUUUGAGCGAUCCCUCCGCGCGGGUGGUCGAGGAAUCUAGGUUUCCCUUAGCUGACCCGUGAAUUGCCGUUCGGGAAUUGGGGAAUCCAGGAGACUGGUAUGUGAAUUCGGGUGCGUUGCGGGGAAGGCCUGAUGGAGCAAGGACUCCAGCAGGCGGAUUUCACGGGGAAGAAGCUCACCGCUAGGCAGCUGGACUUCACCGGUAUCUGUAGCACCUCCACGGCCGUGUCUGAACCUCUGGCUCGCUCUCUUAGCGUCUUGAAGCCCGAAUCACCAAGGUCUUCAAGACCUCCUCGUUCUAUUUUUGAUUCAAAAGAUGGUACUCCAAAGAAAGCAAAGCAAUGCAACUGCAAACAUUCAAAGUGCUUAAAAUUGUAUUGUGAAUGCUUCGCAGCAGGAAUAUAUUGUGAUGGUUGCAACUGUGUGAACUGUUGCAACAAUGCUGAGAAUGAGGCUGUUAGGCAUGAUGCUGUUGAAGCAACUCUAGAGCGUAACCCAAAUGCAUUUCGGCCAAAAAUUGCUAGCAGCCCUAUUGCAUUGAGAGACAAUCGGGAAGAAACAGGUGAACUGCCUCUGGUAGGAAAACAUAACAAAGGCUGCCAUUGCAAAAAGUCAGGAUGUCUCAAGAAGUACUGCGAGUGCUUCCAAGCUGGUGUUUUGUGCUCUGAAAACUGCAAAUGUAUGGACUGCAAGAACUUUGAAGGCAGUGAUGAGAGAAGGGCUCUCUGUCAUUCUGAUCCAAAUGUGGCCUUGAGUUACAUCCAGCAAGCUGCUAAUGCUGCCAUUACUGGAGCUAUUGGGUCCUCAGGUUUUGCUUCCCCUCCACUGAACAAGAAGAGGAGAAACCAAGAAACGUUCUAUAGCAUGGCACUUAAGGAUCCUUCUAAUCAAAGGCUUGCUCAAUUUCCUCAGCUAAAUCAACUUAAGGCAUCACACUCAACUACUUCGUCUUCCAUAUCUUCUUUACCUGCUGCUCGUGCUGCUGCUCCUGUAGCAUUGGGUUCCUCAAGAUAUGCUUACAGGUCCUUGUUAGCGGAUGUCGUCCAGCCAGAGGAUGUGAAGGAAUUCUGCAAACUCUUGGUAGUAGUUUCAGGAGAAGCUGCUAAAACAUUCACAGGAAGACAUGGCGAAAAGGAAAGGAAGACAGAGGUAGAUGGUCAGUCUGAAAAAUCCCAGGAGCUGGCUGCAGGAGCACAUAGUGAUUCUUUCAAAACGGCAGAGGGUUCAAAUGCAAGUCAACCAGAUAAGAGUGGUGGAAAUGAGUCGGGCCUGGAAGAUGCCGAGACACAAAAAAGCAGGCCUAUGUCACCAGGAACUCUCGCACUCAUGUGUGAUGAGCAAGACACCAUGUUCAUGGCUGCAGCAUCGCCAUCUGCAGUGCCAGGUCUUGGAAGCAGGAUGGCACCACGAUUGCCAAGCAGUGAUAGGCCAUCAGAACUUUACGCAGAGCAGGAAAGGCGUGUGCUAACUGAGUUCCGAGACUGCCUGCAGAAGCUCAUAACAGUUGGAAGGAUGAGAGAAACACAGUAUUCUAUGCAAUUAGAGAAGGCAGAGCCUCGUCUAAAUCAACAAGAAAUGGGUGGGAGUGUGGCAGCAAGAGCUGCAGUAUCAGCUAGUGCUGAACUUUCCCAAACAGAGAAUCCAGUACCUCCAGCGGUUCCGGCAAGCGCAGUGUAUGGUAAUGGUUUGCCCUUGAAGAUUUCUGCCGAAAAUGGUGAAAAACAUUUAAAGCAGGCUCUAACGCAGUAUAAGCAAAUGUUGUCCACCAUUGAUGCCCUUGUUUUGGGGCCAAUUUUUUCCUUAUCAUUAUUAAUGUAUUUAUAUGUUCUUUCAAAUUCUAUGGCUCAAUCUUUGCCUUCCAUGCCUGAUUUUUACAAAUAAACAAUAGAACGCUAGGGGCCCUUUGAAGUUGGUUUUGUUAAUCUUAUAAGAUGCAGAAUCGUAUUUAGAGAACUCAGUGAUUAUCAGGCACGUGGGAUUGGGGUCACAGCGAGAUGCAGAAUGUGCUUUGUAUGUAAAUCCGUUGUGUAAAUGCUCCAGUUUGCGUCCACCCAUAACCAGAUUCUGCAGUCGCCGAACACAGGUUGGAAUUCAUGGAAGAUCUACAAGUUACUUUGGUGUAGGUGGUGUAUGAUUUGAGAGUGGAGAAUU